UACACACCCGCCAAUUUCCCCCUCUUCCCAUUUCACCCUCUUACGUUACCGUCUUCUUCUUCUUCUUCUUCUUCUUCUUCUUCUCGGAUCUCACUUCCUCAGCUUCCCCAUUUGAGAAUUUUCCCUGCAACUCUCUUCCGUUCCGAUCUGUCACCGGUUCUUCCGCCAUGGCUCAGCCUCUUGUCAAGAAGGACGACGACUACGACGACGAAGAGGAAUAUUCUCCGUUUUUGGGGAUUGAGAAAGGUACUGUUCUUCAGGAAGCAAGGGUAUUCAAUGAUCCUCAGCUAGACACGAGGAAAUGCUCCCAGGUCAUAACGAAGCUUUUGUAUCUUCUCAACCAAGGUGAAACCUUCACAAAGGUUGAAGCUACAGAAGUGUUCUUUGGUGUGACUAAGCUCUUCCAGUCUAGAGAUAUAGAAUUGAGGAGAAUGGUUUAUUUAAUGAUAAAGGAGCUCUCUCCAUCUUCUGAUGAUGUUAUUAUCGUGACAAGCUCCCUGAUGAAGGACAUGAACAGCAAGAAUGAUAUGUACCGUGCUAAUGCUAUACGUGUACUUUGUAGAAUUACAGACGGUACCCUACUCACCCAAAUUGAGCGGUAUCUGAAACAAGCAAUUGUGGACAAAAACCCAGUGGUUGCUAGUGCAGCCUUAGUUAGUGGGAUUCAUUUACUCCAGACCAAUCCUGAGAUUGUGAAACGAUGGAGCAAUGAGGUCCAGGAAGCUGUUCAGUCAAGGGCACCACUUGUGCAAUUUCAUGCCUUGGGUUUGCUUCAUCAGAUUCGUCAGAAUGAUCGUCUAGCUGUUAACAAGUUGGUUAGUAGCUUGACACGGGGCACUGCUCGCUCUCCACUGGCCCAAUGUCUUUUGGUUCGUUAUGCCAGUCAGGUUGCUAGUGAGUCAGCUGCUAAUAGUCAAACUGGGGACCGACCUUUAUAUGAUUUUCUCGACAGUUGUCUGCGGCACAAAUCAGAGAUGGUCAUCCUUGAGGCUGCCAGAGCUAUUGCAGAACUAAAUGGUGUGACAAGCAGAGAAGUUACUCCAGCAAUUACUGUACUUCAGCUCUUUUUAAACUCUCCCAAGCCAGUACUGAGAUUUGCUGCCAUCCGUACUCUAAACAAGGUGGCAAUGACACAUCCGAUGGCUGUCACAAACUGUAACAUUGAUAUGGAGAGUUUGAUUUCAGAUCAGAACAGAAGCAUUGCAACUCUUGCAAUAACCACACUUCUAAAGACUGGAAAUGAGUCAAGCGUGGAUCGCCUGAUGAAGCAGAUAACAAAUUUUAUGUCAGAUAUUGCUGAUGAAUUUAAAAUUGUAGUUGUGGAUGCCAUUAGAUCCCUGUGUUUGAAGUUCCCAUUGAAGUACAGAUCUCUGAUGAACUUCCUAUGCAACAUUCUCCGAGAAGAAGGUGGAUUUGAGUACAAAAAGGUGAUAGUUGAUUCAAUUGUGAUUCUUAUUAGAGAUAUCCCUGAAGCAAAAGAAAAUGGUUUGCUUCAUUUGUGUGAGUUUAUAGAGGACUGCGAAUUCACUUAUCUUUCUACACAGAUACUUCACUUUUUGGGAAUUGAAGGUCCCAAAGCCUCAGAUCCUAGCAAGUAUAUACGUUAUAUAUAUAAUCGUGUACAUCUUGAGAAUGCAACUGUUCGAGCCUGUGCAGUGAGCACUUUGGCAAAGUUUGCUGUCAUGGUUGAUUCAUUGAAGCCCCGAAUAUAUGUUCUCCUUCGACGAUGCCUUUUUGACAGUGAUGAUGAGGUUCGUGAUAGGGCAACCCUUUAUCUUAAGACACUUGGAGCAGAUGGUUCAAUUCUUGAAAAUGAGAAAGACGCCCAAGAAAUUCUUUUUGGCUCUCUAGACUUGCCACUGGGGAAUCUAGAGACCAGUUUGAAAAAUUAUGAACCUUCUGAAGAACCUUUUGAUCUUGAUUCUGUACCUAAGGAGAUUAAAUCCCAGCCACUUGCUGAAAAGAAAGGCAGUGGUAAAAAAUCAAAUGGGCUUGGGGCUCCUCCCAUUACCCAUGCUUCUUCCGUUGAUGCUUAUGAAAAGAUGCUUCGCUCCAUUGAAGAGUUUGCUGGCUUUGGGAAGCUUUUCAAGUCAUCCGCAUCUUUGGAGCUUACAGAGGCAGAAACAGAGUAUGCUGUCAAUGUUGUCAAGCAUAUUUUUGAUAGACACGUUGUCUUUCAAUAUAACUGCACGAAUACAAUUACUGAGCAACUACUAGAAAAUGUCAAUGUUAUUGUGGAUGCCUCAGAAGCAGAGGAAUUCUCGGAAGUGGUAUCCAAGCCACUCAAAUCUCUUCCUUACAAUUCUCCUGGGCAAACCUUUGUGGCAUUUGAGAAACCAGAUGGAGUCGCUGCAGUUGGAAAAUUCUCAAAUAUGUUGAAGUUCAUUGUCAAAGAGAUUGAUCCGUCUACUGGCGAGGCAGAGGAUGAUGGUGUUGAAGAUGAAUAUCAGCUUGAGGAUGUUGAGGUGGUCGCAGCAGAUUACAUGUUGAAAGUAGCAGUGUCUAACUUCAGGAAUGCAUGGGAAAGCAUGGGUGAAGAUGGUGAACGAGUAGAUGAAUAUGGAUUAGGUCCAAGAGGGAGCUUGGCUGAAGCUGUGCAUGCUGUCAUAGACCUUCUAGGCAUGCAGCCUUGUGAGGGUACAGAAGUUGUCCCAAGCAAUCUGCGGUCACACACAUGUUUACUAUCUGGUAUAUUCAUCGGAAAUGUGAGAGUACUCGCUCGUCUCUCAUUUGGUCUCGAUGCUUCAAGGGAGGUUGCAAUGAAGCUGGUUGUUAGAUCGGACGACGAAACAGUCAGUGAUCUCAUUCACGAGAUUAUCUCCAGCGGCUAAGCCCGUCCAGUCCCUUGUCGGAAAUUCUUUCUCAAGUCUUGCUGUGGAUCAAAGGUUGUCGGUUUAAGAAAGAUCAACCAUGAAACCACUUCAUUUUUGGGCGUUAGCCUUCCAGGUUUACUUUUCAUUUAGCUGUGUUAUUUAGCUCCAUUAUAUUUCAGCUAAAGCAUCAUAUAGUAUAGUCCAGUCCAUGGGAAGACUUAACUCCUGCUGUGUUAAUUAUGACCCAACCUCUACUUUGUCAGCGUAUUUUUUUAAUCCUCUUUUUAGGUCAUAUGUUACCUGGAAGGGGCAGAUUUCAUUCGUUGGGGGGAGCAAUCAAUUUGCUUCACAAAUAUAUGUAAGACAACGCAAAUAUAUCUUGCCAUUAAACCAUUUUUCCUUACUGUUGAGAAAAGUACAUUUCAAAUCUUCAAUAAAUUUCGUUCCGAACUUAGUUACUCUUUGAA